AUGGAUGCCUCAAACUCAAAGCCGUACAAUCUUCCGUCAGAUGCAGUGUGGUUCAUCACUGGCUGUUCAUCCGGCAUUGGCAAAUCAUUGGCGGGGCUCAUUGCGCAGUCUUCGAACCGUAUCGUAGCUACAGCUCGAAACCCAGCGUCUCUGUCAUAUAUCCCAGAUGGACCCGGCACUCUCAAGCUUGCACUAGAUGUUACAUCGAAGCCAGCUAUCGAGUCAGCCAUCAGUAAGGCGCUCACCAAGUUCGGUCGUAUCGAUGUACUAGUGAAUAAUGCUGGAUAUGAGCUCUUUGGUGAUACAGAAGCAUCCACAGAUGAAGAAGCCCAUUUAGAAAUGGACACCAAUUUCUGGGGUACUAUUAACGCCGCCAAGGCGGUAUUGGGCAUCAUGAGGGACGAAAACCCUAAGAACGGUGGGCAGCAAGGUGGCGUUAUCAUCAAUGUCACUUCUAUGGGAGGUUUUAUGGGCUUUCCCGGGGGCGCUUUUUACCACGCCAGCAAAUUUGCGGUCGAAGGUUGGACGGAAUCAGUAGCGAAGGAACUCCCUGUGGAGUGGAACAUCCAUCUUUGCAUCCUCGAACCUGGUGGUACGGAAACGAACUUUGCGACAUCAUCUCUGAGGGAGAUAUCGAAGAAACAUCCAGCCUAUGCUAAUCCGAGCUAUCCAACCAAUGCCUUGCUUGCAUUUAUACGAAAUGCGGAGAACCGUAAGCUUUGGGCCAGCCCUGAUGCUAUAGCAGCUGCUGCAUAUAAGCUUGUAAGCGGCGGAAAGCGGAUUCCAAUUCGAGUCCCCUUGGGCGCCGAUGCAUUUGGUAUGGCGACACAGGAGUUGGAGAAUAUUAAGAAAGAUAUGGAGGAGUUCAAGGAGAUAAGUCUCGGCGUGGGAGAUCCGAAGCAGUUCGAAUCAAUCACAUUCUUGAAGAAAGCAUAG